UUUCUGAAAAUGGAGCAGGGUUAUAUUUUUUAUAUUUGUUAAUAAUCUUUAUUUCAGUAAAAAAAAAAACAUAUGAAAUUGCUGCCAAAGCAUGCACUACAGAACAGAAGGGAAUUCUAAAGCACAUCGUAUUUUCAAACGAACAUCUGACUAAAGAGUGGGACGUGUCUUUACAGAUCAAAGAGCGCUAACACAAGUUUCGACAGUUUCAAUGGAUGCAUAAUGAGAGUGUGCUUCUGCGGCUGCCUAUGCUUGGUUGGAUAAUUUGCUUUCAAUACAGAUUGGCAAACAAACACUCUUUCAGUAGGGACCAGCUAUCCAACUAGAACGAGGUUUCGGAAGCUUUUAUUCAUCCGAUGAAACUACAUGUAUGAAAACGUACAAUAUGCCUAGCAGUCGAGUGUACUUCUGUACUCUGGUGAUUUUCUUUGGAACUUUAAGAUAUUGCGAGGUGUUUUCUACAAGGACAGGGUUCAGACAUUCAACAAUGUUGGAUGCGCAUGGCAAAUACAGACUGAGAUGGAGAUCCGACGAAAGUACGAUAACUUUUGAAGCUGAAGUCGAAACAAAGGGAUAUAUAGGAUUUGGUUUGUCUCCCAGUGGAGCUAUGGCGUUAUCAGAUAUUGUAAUUGGAGGCGUCGAGAAAGGGAAACCCUAUCUGCAGGAUUAUUUUGCAGAUCCCGACAGGAAGGUUCACAGAGAUGUAGAGCAGAACUAUAAGCUGGAAUAUGGAAUGGAAAAUCAUACACACACUGUCCUGGCUUUCAGCAGAGCCCUCCAUACUUGUGACAAAAGUGACAAAGACAUCACGGAGAACACAGUGAGGGUGAUAUGGGCCUACCACAGUGACGAUGUUGGACCUUCUGGACCAAAAUACCAUGGUGUGAACAGGGGGAGGAAGAGCCUACGGUUGCUCAACCCCACGAGUCCUGUUAACAUCCCCUCUGAGACUCCCUUUUUCGACUUAAAGAAUUUAAACGUGCCAGUUCCUUCUAAGGACACAACCUAUUGGUGUCAGUUGUUUAGAAUCCCAGAGGUUCCGAGGAAACACCACAUUAUUAGAAUCCAGCCAUUGAUCCAGACGGGCCAUGAAAACCUGGUACACCACAUUUUGUUGUAUCAGUGUGACAGCAAGUUAAAUGAGAGUGAGCUCGAUUCUGGACAUGAAUGUUACCACCCCAACAUGCCAGACUCCUUCCUGACCUGCGAGACUGUGGUCUUUGCCUGGGCCAUUGGAGGAGAGGGAUUGACCUACCCUCAGCAUGUUGGCCUUUCCAUUGGUACCUCAAUAGAUCCAGUCUAUGUCCUGAUGGAAAUCCACUAUGACAACCCUACCUUUCAACAAGGAGUGAUGGACAACUCGGGCCUCAGGCUCUUCUACAGCCCUGAGCUGAGGCGGUACGAUGCUGGAGUGAUUGAGACAGGCGUCUGGGUCAGCUUGUACCACAUGCUCCCACCGGGCCUUCACGAAUAUAUGUCUGAAGGGCACUGCACCCAGGAGUGUCUCCAGGAGUCCCUGGGCCACGAAAUGCCGAGUGGGAUCAGAGUGUUUGCGGUCCUGAUGCACUCCCACUUGGCUGGCCGCGCCAUAAGAACCAGACAUUUCCGGGACGGGGAGGAGCUGCAGCCCCUGGCGCAGGAUGAAGACUUUGACUUUAACUUCCAGGAGUUCCAGUACCUCAAAGAAGAGAGGCUGCUGUUACCUGGAGACAACCUGAUCACUGAGUGCAAGUAUAGUACAAAAGGCAGGCGUAAUAUGACCUGGGGUGGUUUGAGCACUAGGGAUGAGAUGUGUCUAUCCUACUUGCUUUACUAUCCACGAAUCAACCUAGCUAGGUGCGAGAGCCUCCCAGAAAUCACUAGGCAACUGAAGUUCAUUGGAGUCAAAGAAAUCCAAGUUCCAGUCACGACCUGGCCAUUUAUAAUCAAAAGCCCCAGGAAGUACAGCAAUCUCACCUUCACGGAGGCCAUGGACAAGUUCAAGUGGUCAAAGAGGAGGGGGAGGGCCUUCAACGAGAUGGUGCUGCAGUUACCGGUGAACGUGCGUUGUUCAAAGUGGAAUCAGGAGGAGUGGUCGAUCCAGGGUGUGAUCGUGCCUCCCCCUGAGAUUAAAUCUGAAGCAGCACCCCCCCUCACCCCUUGCAGCACAGCCCCAGAGUUUCACGGAGGAGGGGCAGUUCUCACCACCCUGUGUUUUGCCUUCUCGGUCAGCACCUGGAUCUCUCUCUGGCUCUAGCCUCGCCACAUUUCCCACAGACUCUGAGGAAGCUGAGGCCACCGGCUAAGCAUUAGCUAUGAUUAAAGCAAUAUGGGGAAAGGUUUGAUAGUCAACAUACUAAUAAAGUGUUCCGUCCUUCUCUUGAGAUCUCUGAGAAAGAAAGGGAAAAGGAGUGGCCCAGCUGUUGGAACAUGAUUUCCAUCAUUCAGCUAAAGGAUUUAAUUGAGUUUGAAGUGGUGGCUUAGCACACCUGAUCACAUCUGCCCAGGAGUUGUCCUCGUGUACAGCCUUGCAUCUGCGAAGCCACAAAGCAUCAGAGCUCAAUGUAAAUACAAGCCUUGAGCAAAACAUGUUCAGUUCCGUCCUUUCAUAAAAGUUCCCUUCAAGUGGCAUUCUAGUUUUUACAGGAACACUGAUGGAUACGUAUCCAGAAUGCAGUUACUAGACCAACAGCUCAGCCAUUUCACUAAGCAGAAGACAACUAAAAGACACCUGAAAAUAGCUAGACUGGUCCCAAUAUGUUAAAGUCAGUGGUCAGUAAAGGUGAGUAGUAGUAAACUUUGAAUCAAGAUGAAGUUGUAAUGUAUGUGAAUGGUCCCUGUAUUGAUGCUGGUAUGUUUCUAAAAUAGGUGGCUUCGUAUAAUGUACAUCCAUAUAGGGUGCCCUAUUUUGUAGAAAAGGGCAAAAAUUCAAUUUAGCUCAUCAAACAAUCUCAUAACUGUGCACAGACACAUUUUACAGCCAGUGACUGGUCCUGAAACAGUGUACUGCUGUCUUCAUGAUGAGGGCAGGAUGAGGAUCUGGACCUUCAUUAAAAUGGUCAAAAUGAAAUUAAACUGAAUAAGUGUUUAAGUCAAUUCAAUUAAAAUAAAAACAGAACCGUUGUAUGUUUCUAUCAAGGUUAUUUCUGCACAUUUUGUAAGAUUUAUUUAUCCACAUUGGCUGAAUAGUGGUGACCUAUGCUAAAGCAAAACAUUUAUUUGUAUGUAAAAUUAAAAUAUAUAUAAUUUUUCCUGUGUUACACAUGACAAUAAAUGUUUUAUUUCUUGAAGAUUUAUACAGGUAUAUGCCAAUAAGUGUUUUAUUUCUUGAGAGAUUUCAGUAGUUUUUCUUUUAAUAAAAUGUUUACUCUU